AUGGGGGGUAUCCACCGCGGCGCCGCGCCCCACAUCGCGGAGGAUGGCUCAUUCGCCGCCUCCACCUCCAAGCUGCCGGUGCUGCAGUACUUUCCUUGCCGCGGCAGAGCUGAGCCCAUCAGGCUAGUGCUGUCGUACGUGAGGCAGCCUUGGUUUGAAACCCCACCGGCGUCUGUCAGGGACAUCUACCUCAUCAUGCACAAGGAGUUUGACGGAUACCCCUUCAGGCAGCUUCCCCGCUUCAUCGACGAGGUGCAUGGUGACGUCGACCUGGUGCAGAGCGGGGCUAUUCUCAGGCACCUGGGCAAGAAGUACGAUCUGUACGGCAAAGAUAUCAUCCAGGCGGGGCGUGUCGAUAUGGUGCUGGAAGCGGUUUCGGAGCUUCGGGCCAAACUUCGGGAGGUGGUCGUGGUACGGCAGCUAGAGGGUUCCGCCGUACAGCAGUACAUUGAUACCGUGAUGGCACCCGCUGAAAAGCUCAAGGUUUCCAGCAUGCAGGGCCCUGGUCUGGCUAGUCUGGAGUACCUGCUAGCCAAGACGCGAUUCUCCACCGCUGGGUGGUUGGUGGGCGAGGGGCCAUCCCUGGCAGAUUUCGUGGUGUUCGAUCUGGUGGACCUGCAUUUGGCCCAGGGGGAGUUGGCGGAACCGCUCCGAAACCGCUUCCCCGCCCUCCAGGCCCACCAUUCCCGCGUGGCGGAGCUGCAGGUUGGGGGUAUAUGGGUUGGGGCUGUAGGGUGUUUCAAGGACGCUAACAAGGCCCUUUGCUUGGCCACGGCCAUGCCCCUGAAUGCGGUUCUGUAA